ACGCACUGGGUAGCGGCUUUGCUUGAUGCCACGUCGGAAUUUGCGAAGAUCUCAGUUAUUCAUUCAUUAAAAUAGGUCGAGUUGCCCUACGUGGACUUUUAACAUAUUUCAGCUAUGGUUUCCGUAAUUAACACAGUGGACACGUCCCACGAAGAUAUGAUCCAUGAUGCCCAAAUGGAUUAUUAUGGAACCCGGCUGGCCACUUGCUCCUCUGAUCGAACAGUAAAGAUUUUUGACGUUAGAAAUGGAGGACAGAUCUUGGUAGCAGAUCUUAGAGGCCAUGAGGGUCCAGUGUGGCAGGUAGCGUGGGCUCAUCCAAUGUUUGGCAACGUCUUAGCGUCUUGCUCCUAUGACCGAAAAGUUAUUAUUUGGAAAGAGGAGAAUGGUACAUGGGACAAGAUGUAUGAGUACACAGGGCAUGAGUCAUCAGUAAACUCAGUCUGCUGGGGUCCCUAUGAAUUUGGUUUAAUCUUGGCCUGCGGCAGUUCGGAUGGAGCCAUUUCCCUUCUCACAUUUACGGGUGAUCAGCAGUGGGACAUAAAGAAGAUUCCCAAUGCACACACAAUUGGUUGCAAUGCUGUGAGCUGGGCCCCUGCUGUUGUCCCUGGCAGCCUAAUUGACCAACCUACAGGACAGAAGCCAAACUAUGUCAAACGUUUUGUCUCCGGUGGCUGUGACAAUCUUGUCAAACUUUGGAAGGAAGAGGAAGGUCAGUGGAAGGAGGAUCAGAAGCUGGAAGCCCACAGUGAUUGGGUCAGAGAUGUUGGCUGGGCUCCUUCUAUUGGACUGCCCACCAGCACCAUCGCCAGCUGCUCUCAGGAUGGGCGUGUGUUCAUCUGGACAUGUGAUGACCCAGCUGGAAACACGUGGUCAGCCAAACUGCUGCACAAGUUCAAUGAUGUUGUGUGGCAUGUGAGCUGGUCCAUCACCGGGAACAUCCUGGCUGUGUCUGGAGGAGAUAAUAAGGUGACAUUGUGGAAGGAGUCCAUGGACGGUCAGUGGGCCUGUAUAAGCGACGUCAGCAAAGGCCAAGGAGCCGUAUCCACCAUCACAGACACACAGCAGAACGAACAGUGACACUAGAUUACCUAAGGAGCGACAAUUUACUUGUUCUGAAUCGAACUCUGGGACUCCCAAAAUGAAACGAAAGAGAAAAGGCUGAUUAUCUUUUGAAAACAAAUAUUACUUCGAAAUGGUUUUAGCAGAUGUACUCCAUAUACAUGCACAUAUCAAUAAAUACAAUAUUGUGGAAUCUUUCUGUAGAUUAAAGGCACACUAUGCAACUUUAUGGUGGGGGGCCAUUACCUUCUUGUUUCAAUUGAGAUGUUAUUGCUUUUCUUAGCCGUGUGGUGUUACUGUUAUCUAUCAUAUAUUUAUUAAAUUUAUUUUUAUUGCUUAAAAUUACAUGCAUUGCAACUGUGAGCGAGGUUGCCUCUCCACAGAUAUGACCAGACCUAACUUGGCCUGGUGGCAUCUCUUACUUUUCUCCAUCGACACAGAUAAGUGUAAUGCCAUACUGGGGAACAAGAAGGUGAGGACCCUUCACUAGAAAAGUGUAAAUUGCACAAUUAUUAAAGUAAAGGGCUUUUGUUGUUAGUGUAUUGAUUGCAGUUAAAGGCUCACCAUGUAACAAAAAUACAUUGAAAACUAUACAAUCUUACCGUGAGUGCGGUCGUCUCUCCACAGAUCUGACCUAUAACAUGUUCUGCUGGUGUCACCUGCUUAUUUCCAUGGUGAUAAGUUUAAUGAUAUACUGUGGAACAUUUUAGGCAAAGUGAUAACAUCUAAAUGCAGACAAGGUGGCAGACCAAGGUGCCAGAAACGUUCCAUAGUGCACCAUUGACUGCAAGCAAUAGUAUAGAACAAGUUAAAAACAUUUACACUAACUGGCUUGAAAUUAAGUGUGUGACCUACUGUAAAGCAUUAGAAGAAGAAUUGAAAUACUUUGGAAAAUCUUUAAAUAAUUUGCAGAAAUAUGUUUACAUUUUUUCCACAAUACAGUAUUCAUUCAGUUGAAAUGUGCUUGUAUUUGUAAGAUUUUGCCAUCUCCACCUCAACCAUAAUUGUUUUCUUACAAAACAUUCCUCCCACAAAUGCUAUUUAUCAUUUGCAGAUUUUAGUCCUUGGUUUCUAUUCACUCCAAAAUUACUCUAAAAUAGGAAAAAAGAUGGUGACACAACUCAAUAUUAUGUCAACUAUAAAUGUGUAAAUGUGCUCUUGAUGGAAAAGUGAAGAAGAGUGAGGAAUCCUGUGUUUUCAAAUGUAAAAUCAAACCUGGGAUGUUUUUCAUAUAUGUUUGUAAUUAAAUAAAUACAUAAUGUACAAUU